AUGGAUUCCAGCACCAAAUUUUUCGAGCUUCAAGAACUUCUCGAUUUUCUUGUCUCCAAAAAAUUCCAACUUCCUCCAACCAACGCCGUUUUGAUUCGACCAAUUCCACGUCCCGAAUAUUAUAUUCUUCACGAUGACAUCAUUUUGAUCAAUAAAUUGGGAUCCGGUGCUUUUGGUGAAGUUUGGAAAGGAGUUUGGAGAAAACGCGAUAAAACAUCGGUUGAUGUGGCGGUGAAGAGAAUGAAGGGAAAUUCGACGAAAUCGGUGAUCAAGGAAUUUGUGAAGGAAGCGAAAUUGAUGAGAAAAUUGAAACAUCCAAAUAUUGUGACAAUAAUUGGAGUUGCGCCAAGUGAAGAACCACUUAUGAUUUGUAUUGAAUUGGCAUCAAAUGGAUGUUUGAAGAAUUAUUUGAAAAUGAAAAAAUGUACAUUGGAUCAAUUGACUAAUUUUUGUAUCGAUGCAGCGAGAGGAAUGUCCUAUUUAUCAUCUCAAAUGAUUAUUCAUCGAGAUCUAGCCGCAAGAAAUCUUCUAUUAGGCUCGCAUAUCGAGGUGAAAAUCGCUGAUUUUGGACUUUCGGAAGCUGGAAAAACCGAAGUCAAGAUCAAUAAGAUGAAGCUUCCGAUUCGUUGGUUGGCACCAGAAACAAUUGAUACAGGAUGGUUCACAACAAAGACCGAUGUUUGGUCGUAUGCCGUGACAAUUUGGGAAAUCUUCUCAUAUUGCGCGAAUGAUCCAUUCCCAGGUUUGACAAAUAAUCAGGCAAAAGAUCUGAUUCGAACAAAAACGCCGCCAAUGCAAGCACCAAAUGAUACGCCAUCAAUUAUUGUUCGAUUAAUGUUGGAUUGUUUUGAGAAGAAGCCCGAAAAUCGACCAACUUUUCCGCAAUUAUUGAAGAAAUUGUCGCCGAAAGAGGAUGUCGAACAAUAUAAUAAGCAGAUUCGAAUUCACGAUGGAAAUGGAUUGUCAGCGAGCACAUGUUCGAAUAGUCAAUCAGAGAAAGGAGUUAGUGUGAAUGGAUCUGAUCUCAAGAUUAAAGCAUCGAAAGAUGGAAAUAUCUCAUCGGUUUGUGAUUGUUUUAAGGGGAACGUGAGGAAAUUGUGUUUUUGCAGGAUCGCGCAGUCCGAAUCAUAAUUCCAGCUGGAAAUAUGACUCUACCACAGGACAGCAAAAGAUCGAAGACAAAAAUGGUGACGUCAAAGCCAGCAAAAUGA